AUGACAGGCCCCGUCCUCCAGGUUGUACCAUUCUCUGUUGUACCUCCCCUGUUGUACCGUUGUACCAUUUAUCCGUUGUACCAUCUACCCGUUGUAUCUGCACUCGUUGUACCAUCUGCACCCGUUGUACCAUCUACACCGUUGUACCAUCUACCUCGUUGUACCAUCUGCCUCCUUGUACCAUACCCGUUGUACCAUCUGCACUCGUUGUACCAUCUACCCGUUGUACCAUCUGCACCCGUUGUACCAUCUGCACCCGUUGUACCAUCUACACCCGUUGUACCAUCUGCACCCGUUGUACCAUCUGCACCCGUUGUACCAUCUACACCCGUUGUGCCAUCUGCCGUUGUACCAUCUGCCGUUGUACCAUCUGCACCCGUUGUACCAUCUGCCGUUGUACCAUCUGCCCGUUGUUCCAUCUGCACCCGUUGUACCAUCGCCGUUGUACCAUCUACACCCGUUGUACCAUCUGCCCGUUGUACCAUCUGCCCGUUGUACCAUCUGCACCCGUUUACCAUCACCCGUUGUACCAUCUGCACCCGUUGUACCAUCUGCACCCGUUGUACCAUCUCACCCGUUGUACCAUCUGCCCGUUGUACCAUCUACACCCGUUGUACCAUCUGCACCGUUGUACCAUCACCCGUUGUACCAUCUGCACCCGUUGUACCAUCUGCCCGUUGUACCAUCUGCACCCGUUGUACCAUCUGCACCCGUUGUACCAUCUGCACCCGUUGUACCAUCUGCACCCGUUGUACCAUCUGCACCGUUGUACCAUCUGCACCCGUGCCACCAUCUGCACCCGUUGUACCAUCUGCACCGUUAUUGCCAUCUGCUCCUUGUACCAUCUGCCUCCUUGUACCAUCUGCACGCCAUCACACCCGUUGUACCAUCUGCACCCGUUGUACCAUCUGCACCCGUUGUACCAUCUGCACCCGUUGUACCAUCUGCGCCGUUGUACCAUCUGCACCCUUGUACCAUCUACACCCGUUGUACCAUCUGCCCGUUGCCAUCUGCCGUUCCCAUCUACACCGUUGUACCAUCUGCCCCGUUGUACCAUCUGCACCGUUGUACCUGCACCCGUUGUACCAUCUGCCCGUUGUUGCCAUCUGCACCCGUUGUACCAUCUACCCGUUGUACCAUCUACCCGUUGUACCAUCUGCACCCGUUGUACCAUCUGCACCCGUUGUACCAUCUACCCGUUGUACCAUCUGCACCCGUUGUACCAUCACCCGUUGUACCAUCUACCGUUGUACCAUCUACACCCGUUGUACCAUCUGCACCGUUGUACCAUCUGCCCGUUGUACAUCUGCACCCGUUGUACCAUCUGCCGUUGUACCAUCUCGCAGUUGUGCCAUCUGCACCGUUGUACCAUCUACACCCGUUGUGCCAUCUGCACUCGUUGUACCAUCUGCACCCGUACCCAUCUACACCCGUUGUGCCAUCUACCGUUGUACCAUCUGCCCGUUGUGCAUCUGCCCGUUGUACAUCUACACCCGUUGUACCAUCCCCGUUGUACCAUCUACACCCGUUGUACCAUCUGCGCAUUGUACCAUCUACACCCGUUGUACCAUGCACCCGUUGUACCAUCUGCCCGUUGUACCAUCUGCCCGUUGUACCAUCUGCCGUUGCACCAUCUGCACCCGUUGUACCAUCUGUAUCCAUUGUACCAUAUAUUGUACCACAUUUGUACCAUCCACUACCAUUGUACCAGCGUUAUACCAUGUACCGUCUCCACCAUACAAGUUACUCUCUCUUGGGUAUUUUAAGUCGUUCUCGAGGCCAUAG